AAGCAGCAGCAACCUCUCUCUCCAGUCUCUCCUUCUUCCUUCCUGUUACGACUGGAUUUCUCUCUCUCCUCUCCUCUACCAGAAUCUCCCCUCCCUUUUUUUCUUUUCUUCAUAUCGCCCUCGCGGAAUGUCCACGAUGGUCAACAGUGCGAAGCUAGAGGCUUAUCAACAGCCUCCUCCUCCUCAAGCGGCUGCCGCUCCGGUCCCUGCAAAGAAGAUCCAUUAUCCUUUUUGGUUUGGUGGUUCGGCCUCUUGCUUUGCGGCCGCCGUCACACACCCUCUGGACCUUGAGGUUCGAUUGCAAACACGCAGGCCUGGAGCGCCCACCUCCAUGGUGGGAACUUUUGGACAUGUGAUAAAGUCCGAUGGCGUUCGGGGCUUGUAUAGAGGGUUGUCGGCCGCGCUUCUGCGCCAGGUGACCUACUCGACGACUCGGUUCGGCAUUUACGAGGAACUCAAGAACUAUUUCACGACGCCCGGGUCGACGCCCAGUUUCUUCACGCUGAUCGGCAUCGCGUGCGCCUCGGGCUUCAUCGGCGGCUGGACAGGCAAUCCGGCCGACGUCCUGAAUGUGCGCAUGCAGUCGGACGCGGCGCUGCCCCCGGCACAGCGCCGCAACUACCGCCACGCCUUCCACGGGCUGCUCGAGAUGACGCGCACGGAAGGCGCGGCCAGCCUGUUCCGCGGCGUGUGGCCGAACUCGACGCGCGCGGUGCUGAUGACCGCGUCGCAGCUGGCCUCGUACGACACCUUCAAGAAGCUGUGCAUCGAGCGCAUCGGCAUGUCGGACAACCUAGGCACGCACUUCGCGGCCUCGUUCAUGGCCGGCUUCGUCGCCACCACCGUCUGCAGCCCCGUCGACGUGAUCAAGACCCGCGUCAUGACCGCCAGCCACGGCCACGGCCAGAGCAUCCCCAGCCUGCUGCGCGAGAUCACCCACAAGGAGGGCUACGUCUGGGCAUUCCGCGGCUGGGUGCCCAGCUUCAUCCGGCUGGGUCCGCACACGAUCGCCACUUUCAUCUUCCUGGAGGAGCAUAAGAAGCUCUACCGGUGGGUGAAGGGGAUCCCGGAGGAGAAGCGGUAAUUCCGCUUUCUCUGCUUUUUUUUCUCGUUUCAUCCUCUCUUUCCCAGUCAUAUCUGGGACUGUCUAUACACCGCUUUGAUAUCCACGAUACAAUCUCAGCUAGGAUAUCUGUCUAGCAUAUCAUCGUCCUUCAUCUUGUUCAUGUUGGGGUUUUGGCGAAGCAUUGUGAUUUUUUGG